AUGCAUCGUGCAUCACGUGACCGGUCUCCACCAAUCAUCAUCGACGAAAGGCGGCAGGCUGCCGUCCGCAUCCGUCAUCCACAGACUCGCCUCACACCACCGCCAGGUCCCGGCGGAGGAGGGUCGCUUGGGAGGCAGACUCGCAUCGUCUUUGGCAGCAAAAGCAUGGGAAUGGCGCUACCAAUCUCCCUCGAUGAGCUUUUGCGACGCGCAUUUCCCACGCCGAAAGAGGCAUGGGAACCGAUGGGAACCCCGUUCCCCCUCGUUCGCACAUUCAUCACAGGUUGUCCACGAGGAAGACGGAUCCUCUCCGGUUACAUUUGUCUUUCUCGGCCAUUCGGGGAACUGCGUUCGAUACGGUUCGCAGUUCUGGCAGCACUGGAAAAGGAUGUCCACCUUCAGGAAGUCCUCGUGACUCACUCAUCCACUGAUUUGGUUAUCAGUCGAGCAGAUGUGGAGGACUCCGUGUUCCGUUGGAAAGAGUUGGGGAUGGAUAUCCGUUUAGGCCUACGUAGGAACGCGCUGCAUGAAAUUUUGCCGAUUCUGCACUUCACCGCCACAUCAUCUGGUGCCUUGUGCAUUCGACUGGCUAAGCUGAUCAAGCUUACUAAUCAGAUGGUCGAUGCUGGGAAGAUGUAUGUAUCUCAACAAAGGUCUUUCAUCAAAGGUCUUUGGGAUCUGAGCGCCUUCUUCACAGGUGAUUCCGAAGCUGUGGGUGUCAUCAGCAAGCUCUCUCGAGACCUCCACGAAAUUGUGAAUUUUCAGACAAUACUUCUGGACCAGGCAUCCCGUUCUGAUGAAGUUGGAUCAUGCAGUCAGGUCAAGCCAAUGAAGGAGAUGAAGAACUACUUCGAGAAGUUCUCGGGUGAGCUGGACACGGUGUUGCAGAAGAAUUCCCAGGCGCCCCGAAACAAGCUGUCUGAAUGUGAGGAGACCAAGGACAUGCUUCGGGCAACCCGGAGCGGAUUCAUGCAUGCCAGCUUGGAGUACGUCCAGCAGUUGAGCCUGCUUCAGGCUGCCAAACGCCAUGAAAUCAUCUCCUGUAUCCUCUCAUAUGCGAAGGGGUACGUGACUUUUUUCAACCAAGGAGCUGACAUCACAACUGACCUUGAUCCCUAUUUGAAAUCUCUUAGUAAACAGUGGCUUGUGGACUACUGUUACAGUGGACUGACUGACUACUACUACAGAGUGACUGACACCAUGUGCCUUCCUGCACACGGUGACAUGGUUCUUGGAUGGAAGGAGGAUCAAGGAGACCUGAGGCGGAUCCUGGAAAACCAGCACCAGGUGGCCAAUGACCCUUCAGCAACCUUCACCCUCUACCAGGAUGAAGAGGACAAGUCAAUCAUUGCCAGUUACCUUUUCAAGAAACCCUCAAGAAACACAUUCCGCAAGUGGAAUCGGCGGUGGUUCAUCCUCCGGAACUCCCAGCUUGUCUACAUGAAGCGUACAGGUGAACCAACUGCAACUGUGAUGGAGGAGGAUCUAAAGUUGUGCACAGUAAAGCCAGCUGCUGAUGCAGAUAGACGCUAUUGCUUUGAAAUCCAUUCUCCUAUGAGUUCCCAUGUCCUGCAAGCAGACUCAGAAGAGAUGUACAACGCAUGGGUGACGGCAUUGCAGACGGCCAUCAACGAAGCCCUUCACUCCUCAUUCCAAGGGACAGGUGAUGAUGGUUUGGGUGGAACCCAGGCACAGGACAGCCCAGGGACAUUGUCAUCGUCCUCCAUUUCCUUCAGAGAGAAUGUCACCUCACGUGGAAUGCCAGGGAAAUCUCCUGCACGGGGUGCCAAGUCCAUGGGUGUACCACAGUUGAUGAGAGUACCAGGAAAUGAGCUCUGUGCAGACUGUCGAACACCAGAUCCCAAGUGGGCAAGCAUAAACAUUGGAGUCACCCUUUGCAUUGAAUGUUCAGGGAUUCACCGGAGCUUGGGAGUGCACCACAGCAAGGUGCGAUCACUCUUCCUUGAUGCAUGGGAGCCAGAGGUAGUGAAGGUGUUCGGGGAGCUGGGAAACACCAUAGUGAACCGUGUCUACGAGGCCUGUGUCGAUGAGACCAUUGCAUCUCGUCCAACAGCCAACUCUGACAGAGGGACUCGUGAGGCAUGGAUCAAGGCCAAAUAUGUAGAGAAGGCAUUUGUAUCCCGUACCAUCCUGGAGAGCCCCCGUGUAACCCCGAGUCCUGAUGCGGGUGAGAGACCCCCAUCUGCUCCACCGAGACGCUGGAGCGUGAAGAAGUCACGGCAGAUCCGUCGCCCGCGGUCUGGGGAGCGUGGUAUGACAGCAUUACGGGCCAGAGGAUCUCGAUCUCUUGAUCUUGGCCGGCACCCCUUGCCCGAUCUCUGCCUCGAGGUGCAAGCCACUGUCAAUUCAGCUCGAUCCUCAGAGGAUGUCUUCGGGGAAGGUGGGGAGAAGAAGGCAGAGGUAGGCAAAGGUGAGGAGAUCAUUGUGAUAGGAGAAGAGAUUCCAGAGGGUCAUCCCAUUGCCCUGGACUCUGAAGACUGCUCCACUGAGGGUGAAGAUGACUCCCCUGUUGUUGGAGGAGAAGAUAUGAGCAAGCUGGAUGCAAACCAUCUCCUGUUCCGAGCAGCAAAGGCGCACAACUUGCCCGUGAUGUGCCAGGCACUGGCACUCAGUGCUGACAAGGAUUGGUGCAAUCACGAGGACAGGAAUCUCACUCCAUUGCAUAUGGCAGUCCUCAGUGGUUCCACCAUGGCAUGUGAGUACCUCCUGCUAAAUGGGGCCAAGUGUAACGUACAGGAUGCAGAUGGCAAGACUCCCCUGCAUCUCGCGGUUGAACGAGGUUACCUGCUGCAGGUGUGUCUUCUGCUCCAACGCCACCGUGCCGAAUCCACCAUCACCGACAACCAAGGACUCAAGCCCAUCGACAUUGCCAUCAAGUCUGAGGAUGGAGACAUUGUCACUGUCUUGAGGAUGGCUGCACUGGAUGCCCAGAUGCGCUCAGAAGCAGACUAUGUGGGUGAGGACACACUGGAGGUAUUUGUGCGAGACUUCACCGAGCGAGCAUCCACCGAUCCGAAGCGGAUGUCCAAGCUCAAGCUCACGAAGACCCCCGAGCAGCAUCUGCCUCGUCCGUGAUACGAUACUUUCCGUUGUGAUGGGGGCCAGUAUGACUGUGUGGCCUUUUCUUGCCAAAGCUUCCCACUGCAGCACUCAUCAGCAGCAUGGGUAUUCCCAUACGUUUGGAUCUGAUUUCACCGUCAGAUGAAAGCUGUUUUUCCUGCUUCGUUUUCUGCACAUACAGGUGUAAUCUUGCGGUGUUAUAUGGUUGUCUGUUAUUCAUAUAUUAUUGGAGAGAUUUCUCAAGAUAAAAUAUUGUAUAGAUGUUG